AUGUCCAACAGCAGCUCCAUCACCCAGUUCCUCCUCCUGGAGUUCGCAGACACACGGGAGCUGCAGCUCUUGCACUUCUGGCUCUUCCUGGGCAUCUACCUGGCUGCCCUCCUGGGUAACGGCCUCAUCAUCACCACCAUAGCAUGUGACCAGCACCUCCACACCCCCAUGUACUUCUUCCUCCUCAACCUCUCUAUUCUUGACCUUGGAUUCAUCUCUACCACUGUCCCCAAAUCAAUGGCCAAUUCACUCUAUGACACCAGGGCCAUUUCCUAUUCAGGAUGUUCUGUCCAGGUGUUUUUAUUUUUGUUUUUAAUGUCAGCAGAAUUUUUUGCUCUCACCAUCAUGUCCUACGACCGCUACGUUGCCAUCUGCAAACCCCUGCACUACGGGACCCUCCUGGGCAGCAGAGCUUGUGUGCACAUGGCAGCAGCUGCCUGGGCCAGUGGGUUUCUCAUUGCUGUCCUGCACACAGCAAACACAUUUUCAGUACCCCUGUGCAAGGGCAAUGCUGUGGACCAGUUCUUCUGUGAAAUCCCCCAGAUCCUCAAGCUCUCCUGCUCAUUCUCCUAUCUCAGGGAAGCUGGGUUUGUCAUGUUUAAUGCUUCUGUAUUUUGGUGGUGUUUUCUAUUAAUCAUACUGUCCUAUGUGCAGAUCUUCAGGGCCGUGCUGAGGAUCCCCUCUGAGCAGGGACGGCACAAAGCCUUUUCCACGUGCCUCCCUCACCUGGCCGUGGUCUCCCUGUUUAUCAGUACAGGUUCCUUUGCCUACCUGAAGCCCCCUUCCAUCUCCUCUCCUUCCCUAGACCUGCUGGUGGCAGUUCUGUACUCAGUGGUGCCUCCAGCAGUGAACCCCUUGAUCUACAGCAUGAGGAACCAGGAGCUCAAGGGGUCUAUCAGGAAAGUUCUUGCAGAUGUGGUUCUCAGUGGUAGUAAAUUUUCCAUCACUCUUCAUGGAUGACUCCCACAGAGCCCCAUUGAAGGCUUGUCCUUUGUUUGGUGUUUUCUAUUUUCUUAAUAAUUUUCUUUAUAGUUAUUAGUUUUUAUUAUUUUCCUACAUAGAUGUUUGAAUCCAUCAUACUUCUCUUGACGUACGAACCUACUCUCUCUAACUGAUAUAAAAGUGUGCCUCUCACUGGGCAGAGCUGACACUCUCAUAGCAUCUCUGAAAUAAAAUGGGAUCCCCCAGUGUACUGACUGACAUUUUGUCUCUUCUUCCAAAGCUGAUGUCAACAACAAACCCAAGGAAUUUCUCCCCAGAAGGGCCUCCUCUCCUUGGAUUUGGAAGAGAAAAGUUCAUGGUCCCAUUGAUAGCUGUCAGAGACUAAGGGGGUUGAAUUUUGGACUCACUCAUUGGUGUGUGGUGACUAUGAAGAUCGUGAGCGGUCAGUGAGGUAGAUACCCAGGGCUUUCUGAGCUCUGACAGUGCAGAAGAACUUCUCCAGGGUGGUAACCUGGAGCUUUCUGGAGAGCUACAGGGACAGGCUGUACCUGGGGUAAGCGGUGACUGAAGCCUCUCUAAGUGAGAGAUCACCCAAGGUAGAGUCACCCAAAUGGGAAAUGCUAAAUACUGGUAGUUGCAAGGAAAAUAAACCAUCCACAGACCAAAAGAGAACAGCACCUUUGCAGCCAACACACCAACCACAGAACACACACACCCCAUGGACAACACAACCGUCCCCAUCUGGUUCCUUUCUCAGGCUGAUCUGGUGUGAAAGUCGUGAAUGGUCUGUUGAUCCUCUGCAGCACUUACCCACAUUCUCUGCAGUGUGGGCCUGAAUUUUGGGUCUGCCCAGGUGUCCUAUCCACUCUUGGAGAGGUUACCCACUUGGCAACUCCAGCCUUGGGUGUCUCCCCAUCCUGGUGUCCUUCUCUUCCAGCCAGCCCCCCUUGCAGCCGGCCAGCAAAGCACAGACAUACAGUCACACACACACUAAUGAGCUCACAGAGCAAAUAGCCAGAAGCAG